UGUGUGUGUGUGUGUGUGUGUGUGUGUGUGUGUGCGUGCGUGUGCGUGUAUUUUAGACCAAGCGCGUGCGAGUUUGGAUGGCUGGAGAGUAAAACCAUCGGAAGUAUAUUCAUGUAGCUUAACUUAACUGUUUUUACCCCAACAAGGCAAUUUGUGUUGAACUUUCCGUAUGGUAUCUUUUUCGCUGGAGGCUACUUCGAGGGGAGGUUCGCCCAGGAGAGAUCCUGAAAUCUAUUGGCUAAGCCAUUGCCUUAGCAACCGUUUGGGCACGGUUCCCAUGGCCUAUCAUGUGUCUUCCCUGCUGAACUUUAAAUUGCAAAGGCGAAGGCGAUGGUUGAAUGACAGUUUAAACCUCCAAUUGUGUGGCGGCCUGUUUUUCGUCCAGCCAAUAGCAUCACGCUGAUGGUCUCUCGGGUGGGGCUUAUAGAGUUCAUUUUUUUGUAGACUGCGCAUUAACAACUCCCUUCUGCACUGGCUUGGAACUUUCUUGGGCGAUUCAAAAUAGUGUCUGAUAAACGACUUUACGACGUCAUCUUUACUUGUAUUAUUUUACGAAUAUCCACAAAGAAUAUUCCGUGCAGUUUACCCAUCGAUUGUUGUAGUUAUGCUUGCAUCAAAGUAAAGGGAAAACAACAUCCUGGCUGGGACUAUUCUGCAAGACGUCAUGUUUAAAACGGUCGCCAAGAAACCCGUGGACGAUUUUUUUUGUGUUGAAAUAAUCAAGGACCAACUCUAUUUCGCCGUACUCCAGCAGAAGAUUAAAAGCACAUCCGAACGACACUCUUUCUGUGUAGACGAUGAGCUGGUAUACGAGAACUUCUAUGCGGACUUUGGCCCCCUUAACCUGGCCAUGUUUUAUCGUUUCUGUUGCAAACUCACCAAGAAGCUCAAGUCCAUUACGCUCUGUAGGAAGAAGAUUCUCUUCUAUACCUGUGGAGACCAUAAGAAGCAAGCCAAUGCUGCUUACCUGAUCGGCUCCUAUGCUGUAUUGCAUCUUCACAUGACCCCAGAGGAGGCAUCCAGUUUACUUGUCUCCAAGAAUUCAACAUAUCUUCCAUUUAGAGAUGCCUCAUUUGGAACAUGCUUGUACAAUCUGAGCAUUCUGGACUGCCUUCAUGCCAUCCAGAAGGCAGUGGAGUUUAGCUGGCUUGACUUCACCAACUUUGAUGUGGAGGAGUAUGAACAUUACGAGAGAGCAGAAAAUGGGGACUUUAACUGGAUUAUUCCAGGCAAGUUCCUCGCCUUCAGUGGGCCCCAUCCGAAGAGCAAAAUAGAGAACGGAUACCCGCUCCACGCCCCCGAAGCCUACUUCCCUUACUUCAGGAAGCACAACAUUACCACUAUCGUACGGCUCAACAAGAAGAUGUACGACGCCAGGCGCUUCACCGACUCCGGCUUCGAGCACCACGACCUGUUCUUCGUGGACGGCAGCACGCCCACUGACGCCAUCGUCAGGAAGUUCCUGAACAUCUGUGAGAAUGCAGAAGGCGCCAUAGCUGUCCACUGCAAAGCUGGUCUGGGGCGUACGGGCACUCUGAUCGCCUGCUACAUGAUGAAGCAUUACCAUCUUACAGCAGCGGAGGCCAUCGCCUGGAUACGGAUCUGCCGCCCGGGGUCUGUUAUUGGGCCCCAGCAGAACUAUGUCGAAGAUAAGCAGGCCGGCAUGUGGACAGAAGGGGAUGGCUUCAAGGAGAAGAUGCUGGAUGAGCAGGAGAACGGCAAGAUGGCCGUCACCCGGAUCCUAUCUGGGGUGGAUGACAUCACCAUCAACGGCAGCAACAAUAAGAGAACGCCCAAAAAUGAGCAGAAAAUGGAACUGUAUAACGAUGAGGAGGAGAGGAAUGGUGUGACACAAGGUGACAAACUGCGAGCACUGAAGAGCAAGAGGCAGUCUAGAUCAUCUACUGGUUCACUAUCGCAAGGAGAAAACAAGAUUCACACCAGGUCAUCCUCCCUCUCUCCAAGCCGGUGCAUCCUGCAGUCUAGCAGCUACAAGGCCAGUGUUAACGCCCCUACUCUGGCUAGCCAAUCGGACAGCAGGAAAAGAACCAGAACCUCCCUGCCAGCCAAUGGAGUAGCAAACAGCUCCCUGUGCCACAGCAGACUAGCCAGGUCCCUAGGCAACUUGCAUGUUCAGACUGGCGACAGAGACCUGCUCUGCUUUGAGCCAUGCGGUAAACCUAGAGAAACCAACUGUUCCACGGCCAACAGGGGCACUCUGACCAACCUUAACACGGCAAAGGCCCAUCACAACCAGGCAAGCUCUCCACAGGCCUAUUCAUAAGAGAUCAUGACCCUUUGACUUCAUCUCUUCGCAGCAGAUGACGUUUUUUGGAUGUGCUGGGAUGGAUCGAAUCUCUUGGGAGUUUAUUUUUGAGUUUUUUAACCCUCUGUUUUUAACAGCUAUGGACAGACACGCUUUGCGGCCCAAGAGUUCUUGCUUUUACAAAUCUGUCAUAUGUUUGUUUUGUGCAUCCAAGCCUUCUUGGCCUCUGCUUUUUCAUCUCUCUACACUAAAGACAGUUGGCCAGUCAGGACUACUUGCACUAAUGCUGUCCAUUUUAACUUAAAGCCAGCGGUGAGGAGCCUCUUGUACUUUCCUGUUAUAGGGCUUGUACAUCGUGACAACGACCGCCUCCAUUUUGGAAGCAUAGGAGCAUUAUGUUGCUAAUAAUGUUUUUUGGUCAUUGUUUACUAAUCCUUCCAUUGAUAAAACUGUGAUCAGUCCUCAUAGAAUGUUUUUUAGUUGUAUUAUCUGCUACAUUUAAUUGAUUGUACGCUCACUAAUUUGUAUUUUAGAUUUGGAUAACACAACUAAAGAAGGGGUUGUAUGGCCUUCAGUAAACUAAAAAAAAAUAGAUUUUGAGCAACAAAACGUAUAAUUUUACUUUCCAUGACAAAGCAUACAAAAAAAAUGUUGAGCCUUUUUUAACAGUUUUUUGAAAAUCAUGAAUAUAUUUAUUUAGCUACAUGGCUCAGAAAUGCAAUUUUAACUAUGUAGCACAAGAACGGUUAAAGGACCACAGAUUUUAUCAUAUGAGCCACAUGAUGGCCCAGUUCUUGAGCUCGACCCUAGAGGCACUAUCUACAACAUUCCGAACACUAUCAUCCUCCUUCCCUGCCGUCCUUUCCUCUGUUCUCAGGACUGUGUUGUGCUUAUCCUGCGCUUUCUUCCCGUGUACUACUGGCUAUAGCUUCUCUGGACACUAGUACUGCUUUCCUGCUCCCUCUCCUAAUAUGAAACCCUUCUCUUCCUUUGUUUCCCACUUCUAACAGAUGCACUGUGGACAGAGGAUGUAAAGCUCGCUACUCUAUGCAACCGAUGCGCUUUUCCAGACUCUGGUAUCCAUGUCUUUUCUCUUCUUUCCCCCCUAAAUCAUUUAUCAAACAAAUCUCUGUAUUGACUAUCUUUGUUUCCUCAUUUUCAUGCUUUAGUUAAAGCAGAGCGGUGUCUACAAAGAUCUAACAUUUUCACCCAAUACCCGCCAUAAUUUAAUAUUUGGGGAGCAACAUUAACGAUUUUGUUUAACACAAUGGAGGCUUGGGAUUUUCAAGGCUGCUGCUAACCAUAUCGCACUAGUUAGCUAGUAUCUAUAUAGAUAUUUUUGUUUUCAUGCAUUUUAAAUGUGUGGAUUUCUGUUAACUGAAUUUGUGUUUCUUAUAUUUUGGCAGUCACUCCGUACCCAAAGCUAGAGCCCCUCUACUGCGAUGAGCCUGGGAUCUGAAUAGCAUGAGGAUUGUGUUUUAAAGACUGACCUUAGCGGUCAAAUCUUUUUUUUCGCUUUUAAAUGUUUUUAAAGUACAGUGCAUUUUGUUAUAAAGGAACCAUGCAAAAUGGUCCAGUCUGGCUUCAAUGUUUGUGUGACAUGCUCUCAUAUAAACUAGUUAAAUUGCAAUUCUGUAAAGCACUUGGUUCAUCAUGAAACUUUUUCAUAAAGCAUAAUCAUAGAAUUGUCACAUUAAAGCAUGCAUUAGUAUCGUAAGGUUUACCACGCGAGACUGGCAUGUGAAUAUGUCAACCUGGGUGUUUACUUUUAAACAAGCAGUAAAAGUAGAUAUUCCAGUUUUGAAGAACAGUAUACCAAUGGCAGUGCAUCCUGCAGAGUUCAUGCACAUACAGGGUGUUUGUAUAAGUCAAGUAUUGUGUGCAUCAGUCAAGUUCAUGUAUUACAGUAAUGUAAAUAAGAAAUCAUUUGAUAUACUGAGAACGUCUAUUUUGUAAAUAUUUUGUACGGUUUGAUUCAUUAGAAGUAGAGGAACCAAGCCCUCAUGGGGUCCAAACAAGUAAUGCUUGGUUAAAACUGGCUUUUUAAAUAAACCCAAUACUCUACCCGUG